AUGUCUUCCGAACUAGAUUUACUCAGACAAGAGAAUGCUAAGCUUGUGACUGAGAAUUCUUCGCUCUUGGCUAAGGAAGCAGGGCUUAUGGCCAAAAUCGUGGAACUAGAACAGACUGCUAAAGAAAAUGCCGAGCUUAAGGCCAGAGUCGCAAAAUUGGAACAGACUGCAGAAGAAAAUGCCGAGCUUAAGGCUAGAGUCGCAAAAUUAGAACAGAAGCAGUUACAAAACGGUAUUUCUUCCGAUACCCGUCCAUCCAACUCCUCGUCCAUAUCGCCAGAAGAUAAAGAGGUCGAUGAUUUCGAAUAUGAAUGUCAUUGA